AUGAGAAUCAAAGAAAACAGCCAAGACAAGCUGAGGCGUUACAUUCGAGCACCCAAGAGGUUUCUAAGAAAGGCUAGAGACUUCUAUGUGGAAAGCCUGGUGAAUUUUGAUGGAAGAGUUGCUGGCGUUGGCAAAGUGAUGGGCGGUCCUCACCCACCAUUGGCCAAGCACUUUGGCAGUCGCCCACGGAAAAGUAAGGAUAAAGAUGAGCUCAUGGAGCUUUUCGGGUCAAUAUCUAGGUGGAAUAUUGGGAGUAAAGAAGAGACUGAUCCAGUUGUUUUUCUCCAUGGGGGUCCAGGUGGUGGAACAUCACCAAGUAAUCGGAGAUUCUUUGAUCCUGAAUUUUAUCGGAUCAUUUUAUUUGAUCAGCGAGGUGCUGGUAAGAGUACACCCCAUGCUUGCUUGCUGGAGAACACAACAUGGGAUCUAAUUGAAGACAUUGAAAAGCUAAGAGGACACCUAGAAAUUCCAGAAUGGCAGGUGUUUGGUGGGUCAUGGGGAAGCACACUUGCUCUUGCAUACAGCCAAUCACAUCCUGAUAAGGUUACUGGAAUUGUGCUUAGAGGGAUCUUUUUGUUGCGGAAGAAAGAGAUUGAUUGGUUUUAUGAGGGUGGUGCUGCAGCCAUAUUCCCUGAUGCUUGGGAGCUAUUUAAGGAUCUUAUUCCAGAGAAUGAAAGAGGAUGUUUUAUCGAGGCCUACCAUAAGAGAUUAAACUCCGAUGACAAUGAAACACAAUUUGCGGCUGCCAGGGCAUGGACCAAAUGGGAAAUGAUGACUGCUCAUCUUCUUCCAAGUGAGGAGACCAUAAAGAGAGGGGAUGAUGACAACUUUUCUCUGGCAUUUGCGAGGAUUGAGAACCACUACUUUGUAAACAAGGGAUUCUUUCCUUCGGAUUCAUACCUGUUAGAUAACAUUGAAAAGAUCAGGCAUAUAAAUGCUGUAAUUGUACAGGGAAGAUAUGACGUUUGCUGCCCCAUGAUGUCAGCAUGGGAUCUUCAUAAAGCUUGGCCACAGGCGGAUUUUAAGGUGGUUCCAGAUGCAGGACAUUCUGCUAACGAACCAGGAAUAGGAGCAGAACUUGUAGCUGCAAAUGAGAAGAUGAAAAAUAUUAUCAACAGAAAUUAG